UCGACUUUCACUUCUCAAGGAGUAAUAUCGGCUGCUAUGGUCUUAAAAAAGGGUAGUGUUUUUUCGGUUUUUCGUGCAUGCUGCAGGCAAACAAUGCAAUGUUCUUGACGAAGUAGAUAGUUUUUUAUGAAUACCGCGUCGACUUCUAGAGACAUCCAGUUGACAGAACAUCUGUCAAAGGUAAAAGUGUAUCGGUUCUCCGUUCUUCCCGCGCGGAAGCGUUUCGAGUACGCAAUCGCAAAUUAACAUCGACAUCAUACGUGGCGGUCGCUUUCUUCGUGACUUUCAAGGCGUUCUCAACAGCUUUGCAUUUAAAACCAAAUCCAGCGGAACAAAGGGCCCAUCUUGCAGGUGCAACUUCAUCGUUCGAUUUCUUGCCGAAUCCCUUCAGUAUGGGGAAACAAAACAGCAAGUUGAAACCAGAAGUGCUGGAAGAUCUGCGCCAGAACACGGAAUUUUCAGAUGCGGAAAUCCAGGAGUGGUACAAAGGAUUCCUGAAAGACUGCCCCAGUGGACACCUUAGUGUCGAAGAAUUUAAGAAGAUCUACGGCAACUUUUUCCCAUACGGGGACGCAUCUAAGUUCGCCGAACACGUUUUUCGAACUUUUGAUGCAAAUGGGGACGGAACAAUUGAUUUCCGGGAAUUUUUGUGUGCCCUGUCGGUCACAUCUCGGGGCAAACUGGAACAAAAGCUUAAAUGGGCCUUUUCGAUGUACGAUCUUGACGGAAAUGGAUACAUCUCGCGACAAGAGAUGCUCGAAAUCGUUACGGCGAUCUACAAAAUGGUGGGUUCCGUGAUGAAGAUGCCUGAAGAUGAGUCUACUCCCGAAAAGCGGACAGACAAGAUUUUUCGCCAAAUGGAUAAAAAUAUGGAUGGGAAAUUAUCGCUCGAAGAGUUUAUCGAAGGAGCCAAAAGUGAUCCAUCGAUCGUUCGGCUUCUUCAGUGCGAUACUCAAGGAGCAGCUCAGUAGC